GAGUGCACGAAGUUUGUUUACGCCCGUGCUUUACAGUCCGGCGUUUGAACGUUUGUUUUCGUUUGGUUUCUUUCUUCGUGUCCGUGUCGCGAGCUUCCCGUAACGCCGUGGUUUCCCAUCACGAUUAUCGGCAACCGCAGUAGAGUUUCGUUGCAUUGAACGUCGGUUGUGCUACAUGCAGUUGGCAAAAUGGCAGAGAAAAAGAUCAGCUUCGGUUUCAGUAAAAUCGCGAAAAAGGUAAACCUGCAAGCUGGACCGGCUGCGAUCAGUUCCGGCAAUGGCGGUGGCACUGCCAAAGGAAAAGAAGAUGAGAAGAUUGAAAUGAUCGCUUGUCUUGAAGGGCAGGCUAUUAGAAUUGUAGGGGAAGAAAACGGAGAGGAAGAACCGGCUCCUCUCGUCAUCCCCUUGAGGGAGCAGGAUAAAACAACAAUUCCUGUGCGUUUGGCAAAAUUGCAAAAAAUUAAAAACGAUCGCGAAACUGACCAAAGGGGUCCGAUUGGUGAGGAAACCCUCGAGCAGAAAGCUGCUCGUGAGUUGCUGGAAGCCGCCAAGGAGCAUAAAAACCACGUAACGGUGAAAAGUGAUGUGGUAAUUCCGCUUAAACCAGAGGAUUUACCACUCGAAGGUGGACAAGCUCCAUCGCUGGCAGAUUAUGAAGCAAUGCCACCGGAAAAAUUCGGCAUGGCAUUACUGCGGGGAAUGGGCUUUAAAGAAGACCCAAAUGCUCCGAAGCUAGUGGAUAAACUGCCGGAGGUGCGACCAAAGGGUAUGGGCUUGGGGGCAGAACGUGUGCCGAAGGAUGGAAACAGACAGUUGAUUCCUCCCGGCAAAGAUGAAGUGUUAGUGAUGGCGAAGGGUGCCUUUGUGAAAGUGUUGGCGGGAAAGCAUAAGGAUUCGUACGGAACGGUCGAAAGCCUCAAUGAAGACACAUCCCGUGUGUUGGUUCGCUUCGCACUGGGUGGAAACCAGGAAUCUCUGAACGAAUACCUGCUCCAGCUGGUCUCGAAGGCCGAGUAUAGCAAAUACUCCAAGGUGUUGAACAACGCCAAAUAUGAGGAAUUCAAAAACCGCACCACCGCGCCCAGCAGUGUUACUGUUUCCGUCAAAAAGGAAGAGCGCGACGAACGGAAGAUUAAAAGAGAGCCGUCGGAUUCACCUCCACCAAAGCUGCAGCCUUCCGGAUCCAGCAGACAGAAGGGGACAGAUUACCCCCAUCACAAGCACCGCCAUCGUGACAAAUCUCGAUCACCGUCUCGGCACGACAACCGCGAUCGGAGAGAUCGCCGGCGGGAAGACGAUCGCGAUGACCGUGACUCACGGCGCUACGCAAGCGAUCGAAACGACAAAAGAGAUCGUUACGAGCGCCGAUCCCGAUCCGACGACAGUGAUAGCGUAGAUCCUUCAACUGCUAGUAACUCGCCGGAAGACCGGAAUCGAUCGCGCCAUAAUCACAAAUCUUCCUCCUACGGUGGAAGAAGAACUUCUUCCGGUACGAAAAAGAAGUCCCACAAAUACAAGCAACGCCGAGAUCAUUCCAGGGAACGGCUUGCAGCCGGUCAUUCUAGCGACGAAGACGACCGGCACCACAAAAAGAAGACGAAGAAAAGCAAAAAGCAACGGAGUCGAUCCCGCAGCCGACGGUAGGAGAGGGUGCUUUACGUUUAUUCUGAUAACCAUGCCGCGUGACGUUCGUUUGUGACAGGUUGUUGUAAGAGUGACGAUAAACUGUGUGCAAGUGGUAAAUCAUCCCUCCAGCAUUGGAUGUAAACUAUAUCAUCCGAAAAUUCGAUUUGUAGUGUGGGAGUAGAUUUGGAGGGUUUGCCAAAAUCUGUUAAUUAGCUGAUUUGGAAGAUUGCCAGUUCGAUGGAAUUGGUCGUCGGAAUGUGACAAGUUUCAUUUGGUUCGAGACGAUAAAGUCGUUAGAUUGGUAAUUUGACUUUUAUACACCUAUUGCACACUAAUUGCAUUUAAAAUAUUACCAUAAUUGUUUGUCACAUACCUCAGGCCGAAUCUAUAAAUCGCAAAUAGAAUAGCAUUCUUAGUCAAUUAACAGGCUAAUUUAUUUAAAAUAGGAACACUUGGAUUGAUUGAAUUCUAAAGCAGUGAACGUCGAUCACAGCUGAGAUUCUUUUACAAUCUUAUCUGCACUGUUGCUAGUGUUGUUCAUUUUCGCUUUUAAUUCUGGUGCAUUUUCACUUUCACCACCGUCAUGCACGUAGCGCCGUACAAAUCCAGCCAGUAGGUCUGGUGAAACCGUUUUUGGAUCAUUUCGUCCGUAAACUAGGGUACAGCCCAAGGACACCACUAUUGUAACGGCAGCACCCAAAAAGGUAUACCACAUGUAGGAUAUUCGAAACAGUGGAAAAAUAUCACUGGAAAAGAAAUUAAAGAGUCAUUGAAUUGGACAUUUUAAAUAAUCAAGGAAAGUACAUACUCAGCAGUUAUUAAACUCGUCGUCGUAGCGUUGACUAACGAUCUGUCGAAGUUGUAACUGCACUCUUCUACGGACAUUUGCUUGUGAGGGAAAAUUAUCGCCCCGGUUGCUACCGCAUAUUGGGCCUUUAAACUUAACCAAGACAUGAACAGCACACCAACAAUUCCACCGGUGAGGGCACUCUUAAAAAAAACUGAAAUUAGUUCAACGACUUCCUUCAAGCCAUGAUCUUCACCUUUGACUCCACCCAUGGUACUAGUAUUCCCAGCGUAAACGUCCCCAGCAGGGGUCCAUUUGUUAUAGCCUCUAAACUCAUAGUUAACUGCAAGACAGUUCCCAUUUUUUCCACCACGAAAACAAGUGCUGCGCACAGUGCCCCCACACCAACCACCACCGAUCGCAUGAUCCAAUUGAUCGCUCGUUGCGAGAGUGGCUUCUUGACGAAGGGUUUUACGAAAUCUUCUAAAAUGACCGCCGACAUAGAGUUCAAACAGGUCGACAGCGAGCUCAAGGCAGCGCUGAACACUCCAGCGACGAAAAGCCCUGGCAGUCCGGGCAGCUCUCCCAGAAUGUCCAUAACAAACAACGGAAGGAGUUGAUCCUUCGCUUUAGCCAACUGAAAAGUACCAACUUUAGCUUUCAAUAAACAACUGCUACAGUUGCGUGAUACUUACCUUUGUGGUCAAUGGAUCACACUUUUGAUAGGUAGCGUAGAUUAGCAAUCCGCAGUAACUGCAAAGCGACAUGACCAAGCACACUCCAACCACGAAAAUCCACAGAGCUUUUCGGCCAGCUUUUACCGAUGGCAGCGACAGAUAGCGUUGAAUCAUAUUCUGGCUAACGGCAUUCGUCUGCAGCCAAUACACGAAGCCUCCGAUCAUUUGAGACCAAAAUGUGUGCCGCGUUGUUGGAUUAAUGUCGAAGCUAAAAUUCACACAAAACUGAUAGUUAUCGUACGGAGUUGAUUUUAGCAUAAAAUCAGAAGCUUACUUACUUAGGCCUUUCCAAUCGGUUCGUGUCCCAGGCACUGCGAAACACGGUUUCAGCUCCUCCCAGGUCGAGAGUGCCCUUUACUGCAACCAGCACCAGUGCGCCGAACAUUGAAAAUGUUUGAACAACGUCCGUCCAAACGACAGCUUUAAGACCACCCUGGGAACGAAAAUCCCCGUCAUUUUUUCCUCAAUUUAGUUAAAAUCAAACUCUUCAAACUACAUAGACGUGCAGCAGAUCAUGCUCAGAUUACAGUGCAAAUUUCGUGCUUCUCAUUUUGGUUUAGAACUUGUAUAACAAUAGCAAAAAAAGGAGGUCAACCAUACCACACAAGUGUAAAACACACACACAAUACACACGAUGGGCGUGAUCACGUGGAUGUUCACUCCUGUCACUGUAGGAGAGGAAAGUUGUAUUGAACUUGGGUCAAUCGAAGAUUUCGGUGAGCUGUUCUUGCUUCAACUUACCUUGAUUAAACGCAAGUGCGGGUACGUAAAUGACAAUCGGUAGAUAGCCGAUCUGAAAUAACCGAUAACCUGUCAGUUUGAAACUUAUCUCUACUCUCGGGAUGCAUCCACACUUACAUUCAUAAUAGUGAACAUAAUCGAGCCGAACAUUCGCAAGCGGCGAUCGAAGCGUUUCUCCAGGUACUGCAAAAAAUCAUGUGUUAAAAUGAGUGAUCGAAUCUGGAACAUAAACGACUCACCUCGUAAGUGGAUGUAAUGUUGAGCUUGUGAAACACGGGCAAAUAGAUGUAUCCCAUAACGAUGCCCAUGGCUGCCACGCCUAGCGCUACAUAGACGUACUGGAUACCAAAAGAGUAUACUUCGGUGGGUAGGCCAAGCAGUGUGAUGCCAGAGAUGAAACUGAAACAUUGAAAUCGUACCUACAGUUAUUUAGUAGUCGAUAAUUCAUUGAACUUCACUAAACAUUUUCCAGCUUCAAGAUUGCAUAUAAAUUAUGUAGUUCCGUAUAAGGGCAAAGUAUGAUUGUUUCGAAAAUUGCAACUAUUUUCACUUAUUCUAAUUCUUCUAAUUUUAUACGUCUCAAAAGAGAACAAUUCAUCAAUCCGAAGAGAACAGACUGUAAGCCUUUAAGGACACACUUGGAAUGCAACGCAAUUGCGAAAAGCGCUGUCUGAAAACCACACAAUAAUUGGUCUUUGGCGAUUGAAACUUUAAACCCAUGAAGUUUGCAGGAUUAGAUGGCAUUGAACCAAUCUUCUUACGAAAAUCGGACGGAGCCAUCAUUGCCGAACUCAAUUCAAAUUCUAGACAGUUGGCGGAAAGUUACGAUAGUGUGUAUGUUUAUACCAAAGGUGGGCAAAAGAGUUUCAUGUUGCCCAGAGGCAGGGUCUGACUUAAACCCUUCUCAAGGGAGAUCGAAGCAAACUGUGACCGCGAGUGAAAUGAAAUUGUUUGCGCAAAAUCGCCAAUAUUUCUCGGUUUAGCAAGCCUUUAUGCUUUUUAUACAUAAAGCUUACUUUCCAUCACAGACUAGGAGAUGCAGAGGUAAACUCGGUCUCUGACAACAACGUCUGUUGUUACACCUCCUUUCUUACCCUUACGACUGCAGUGCAGGAACGUAGCCGAUGCUGUGAUUGAUCUAUAAAAAGCGUAAGCUACUAAAUUAUUGUACAUUGAAGAUGAUAAAUCAAUCCCACGUCGCUAUCUAUGUGGUUUUUCGAGUAACUUUAAUAGCUUAGAUCAAUCACGGAGGAACAACCCUUCCCAAGAUGACGGAAAAAAUAACGAUCAACUACUUCCGCACUGAAAGACACUCCGUCGCAAUAUCACCAAUAUGUAUGUCAAUAGGGUUAUUGUUCUGAAACCACACUACACUGCACAGUGAUGUUGGUCACUCAUUGAAGCAUAUAAAACAACGGUUUGCGCUUUGCUUGAUAUUGAGCGAGCUUGCGAUGACUAGGCUCUACUCAAUAGAGAAGUCAACAAUAAUAAGUUUAGUGAUAGAUUAAUUUGUAUACUUGGGAUCUCUGGUAAACGCCGAAAAUGACAGAAGUAAGGAGCGCCUAGCAAGACAAGGAUCUGCCCAUCAAUUGCAGACAAUCUAAAUAAUAUCUAAAAAGUAUCGUGUAUCGCAGAAGGUUCUCGGUCAGACCAUAAAGGUUUUAACCAAGACAUUAAGAUCACUAAUCAGAUUUUAAAGACUGUUCGCACCUACACGAACUCUUAUAUGAGAUUGUCAAAUUGUUUGUGAUAGCAAAAGCAAAAAUAUGUUCUACUUUUUUCUUGUCAUGCAAAAACCAAACAAAUAUCAGUACCUUCGUAGUCCGAAUAGUAUGCUUUCGCGUACAUGGAACGUGACAAAGCGGUCCCAAUGCGGUCUAUAGCGGACAAUAAUUUAACUUCGUUCACCAUACUUGUAGAAGGCUCAUAUCUUGCCAAGAUAGUGUAUACAGGAUCCGGCUUUCAAACUGCUACAUUACUAAAACAAUCUUUAUUACAUAGCACUCGAAACUGCAAUGGAUAACUCCUCGUCGCUUUAUUUCUUUGUGUCAAACUUUUGUAAUCGAGUGCUUUCCAGAAAAAAGAGAAACGUUGUGCUGUGAUUGCCUUACUCCGAGCUGAACAACGGCAGAAGGAUCCGAUUUACGUGUGUGUGGAUAUUUUGUACAUCGUACAUUCAAAAGAUACCUGCAGACCGAAAGUAGGGUAGGGAACAUAUUCUAAGCAGCUUUAGAAACCGCCUGUGUAUUGAGACGAAAUUCUCGAAAUACAUAUGUUGGGUGAAAUUCAAACAGAAGUAUAUCAAUCUGUUCCCUAUCUUUUUCUUUGUCAGAACUUGUUUUCAGAUUGUAAAACUAAGUUAGCAAACUUUAGCAAUAAUCAAUUAAUGUUACCAAUCGAGGAACACUAUUCCAAUCACCCUGAACUUAUUUUAAGCAGUUUCCAUCUGUUUUGCAGGCGUUUUUUUUUCAGCACCUGAAGUGGCUUCUGAAAGGCUGCAAUAUAGGUCGAUUUGUUUCAGUCAAUGUUUGUUCACAGAUUUGUUUGUGAUUAACGGUAUUUCUUGUAUUCGCAACACAGCUAGGGGGCUGUUCAAUAAUUACGUAAGCAUAUUUUUCCACUUUUUCAAUCCCCCCUCUCCCCCUUGUAAGACAUCGUAAAAUUUUUUGAUACCCCCCUCUCCCCCCUAGUAAGAUCUUACUAUAUAUACUAUAGAUAGAUUUAUAUAAUAGUUUUAUCAUCUUGAAGCAAGCACAAUACUUCGUUUCCUCUUCUGUCCUUAAUUCGAGUUAAUCGUCCUUCCGUAACCGUUCACACUUUCAUGAACAUGAUUUUUUGAAUAGCUCCAUUACCAAUGUUUUUCAUACGUAAGAUAAUUAAUUCACCCCCUCCCUCCCCUGUAAGAUAGCGUAAGAAAAUUGCACACUCCCCCUCCCCCCCUAUUUGCUUACGUAAUUAUUGAACGGCCUCUAGACAAUCAAAGUUUUCGUUUCCCUCAUUGAAAUUGUCGAUAUUGAUCAAAAUUCAGGAGUUUGAGGCCUGUUUUCUUCGACUGAUUAAGAGGGCAACGUUAGGAAGGUUGGAGAAUAUCGUGUUUACCGACAAGAAACGAGGAAAUUUUUUGAUGGUUGUCACUGUGGGGUUUUUUAGGUAGAGGCCGGAAAUCAACUCAGAUUUCAUUUCGAAAUCAGAAUUGCCAAAUACGAUCCAAUAAAGGUAUUUCCACUCUUUGCGUUUCAAGAAUAGCCACGUUGUAGACUUGUGCCCAAGAGGUGCGAUCUCCAAGGAAAGUGUCACUCACGUUUAGUAAGUCUUCGAGGUACAUUACUUUACAUACAUUACUUUACAUUACAUUUACAUCAUUAUGAAAUUCAUUGGUUGAGGGUUUUGAAGGUAGCCCGUUCAUUUGAUUCCAAUUUUGUUCAGAUCGGUUGUGUAUGUAGUUUUUGUGGUAAUGAAGUUUUGUGAUUUUCACAUUUUGGUGCAUGACGGACAAAGUUACAGUCUGAUUACGGAAUAAUUUAAUUGUGUAUUAUGUGGUAGCUGCACCCUUCAUUUGACACUAAUUUUGUGAAAAUCGAUCCAACCAUCUCUGAGAAAAAUGAGUGAGUUCAAGCAGUCUUUGGAAUAUGUUUCUUUUCGAAACGUGAUUUCACAUUUUCAUACAUAACGGACGAAUUUACCGUCCGAUUACAAUAAAAUUCAAUAGAUUUUUAUGGGGCAACUGAACCUUCCGUACAAUACUAAUUUUGUGAAAAUCGGUUUAGUCAUCUUUAUUAAAAAUUAGUGAAUUUUAACAGGUUCCGGAACACGUUUCUUUUAAUAACUUUUGAACCACAUUCUUAACCUUCAUAAAAAUCAUUAGUUACGGAUUUUCAAGGCAGUCUUUUCAUUUGAGACCAAUUUUGUAAAAAUUCGUGAUUUACACAUUGUGAAACACAGUGCCUAAACUUAAAGUACGAUGACAAUGAAGUUCGAUAGCACCCUAUAAGGCUACUAGACCUUUCAUUUGCAACUAAUUUCAUGACAAUCAUGAAAAUCGGUCUAGCCAGCUCUGAGAAGAGUGAGUGAGGAAAAAAGUUGCACAUUCACAUUCACACACAUACACAAACACACACAGGCACACACAACUACUAAACAGCGCAUGCGCGAAUGUGUUGGUAUGCGCAGUGUAAAUAGAUCGACUAUCAAUUUUAUCAUUAGCAGUUUUAAUUGUAUAUAAAUUGUUGAUAAAAAAUAAUAUUCAACCUUUAAAAAUGAGUUAUUUUCUUCGUUUGAAUAUUAAAAUUGUUUUCGCAUAGUUUCAACAUUAUCUGGACAUAAAAUCUAACAAAACUAGAAAACGUUGUUAAAUAUACGAUAACAAAAGUUGGAGUGAUAUUGGUUACACUGCAAGCGUCUUGUUUAUCAUCUGACAGCGCAUUUUGACCCACUUCGAAUGAAUAUAGAAACCGUUCAUAUAAUUCAAAUAUUAUUUUGAUCAAGAAAUUUUACGUUGGCCGCUGAACACUACGACUUUUGUCCUAAGGAAAAGCCCUUUACAGGUACGUAGUGUGGUUAUUAGAUGGAGUAAUGUCUUACAAAAAGACGUAGUGAGGAUAUUGUUAUUAUUGAGCUCAUGUCAUUGAAAACUUCUCCAAAACCAACAAAAACGAGCUUGUACACUUACAUGACUACUUUAGUGUUCGACAUCGGACCGGGUAGGGUCCGGUCCGAAGUCCGAUCGGAUCGUCAAAAAUCUGUUCACGUGGUAUGUGGAUGGCCCCUAUACAGAUUUUUGAACGAUUUUGUAAUUUUUAUACUUCAUUAGUGUGGCAAGGAAAAGGGGGGUUGUACAUUAACUAUUUGUAAGCUCCUAAACACCUAACUUGCUUACUGUGCCUACCUGCUGCGAUUGGUGGGUAUGUUGCUAUAACAUUGUUUUUUCUUAGUAUCCCAGUGGCGUAGUAAGGGUUGAAGGUAUACUAAUUUUAUUAUUUGUAAACUAUUAAAAUGCACAUCGUGAAAGUUUAUAUACAGAAUAUGAGACGUGGUUUUGUGACAACUCUGUCAUCUGAGACUUUGUUAUAUCUCAGUGGCGUAGUUAGGGGAAAGGGAGGGGGGUAGAUGAAUGUGGUCAAUCUUUAUUAAUUUUUAAACCGCCUAACUGAUUGUUAUUUAAUUCGGUAAAUACAGGUCGUAAAGUGGCAUACAUGAUUCAAAAACUUUAAAUUAUGUCUAACGGGGUAGCAACUACAAAUUUGUUCAUUGUAAACUCCUAAACGCCAAACAUGAACACUUCGAAACACCAAAGAUGAUCAUUGUGUUAUUCUGUACAAAUACGAAUCCGGUGAUAUUGAAUUUCCUGUAUCUCGGUGGCGUAGUUAAAGAAAAGGGGGAAUUGCAACAACCUUCAUUAUUUUUUAAUUGUCUAAUACUUCAUAAAUUUGUUUUUUUUUUGUAUUGCAAAGUAGAGAUCGUCAAUUUUUAUCAUCAUUUAAUUUGAUUGCAAGGUGUUUUAAGUCUCAAGGGUGUUUUAAUGAUGUUGGUUUCCAACAGAUUUUUUUCGCUUUCGCAACCGUGGAUUGGGAAAUUUCUCACGCCUCCUUCAAUAUGCGGCAAAAUUGUAAUGUUAUGACGGGAACUAUUGAACUAUUAAAAAUGUCAAGACGUG